AUGCAUUUUAUUGCAGUUUGGAGUCAUUUUAUCUUCAUCAUUCAAUUUUUGUCACUGGUGGAAGCCAAGUUCUACAGACAACACCAAUACCAUACCAAGGCUGGACUCAAUGCACACCAUGACCAAGGGAAACCCACUAGCAGACACAAGAACCACUGUGCAUAUGUCACGGAAAAGACAGUUCCCUUUACUGUGCAGGAUGGGGCAGCUCCCUACGUAAAAGCUGAAUACAACAAGUGUUCUUGGGGUCAGAAAUGUCCUACUCUAAUGUAUCGUCUGAUGUACAAACCAGUCUACAAGGUGGCACAUAAAACCGUCACAGAGCUGGAAUGGCGUUGUUGUCCAGGUUACUCUGGUUAUGGCUGUAUGGAAGGUCCUCCAGUUUACCAACACAGAAUGAUGCCGCCAUUCAAGGGCCCGCCAAUGAAAGGCCCGCAGUUUAAGGAACCACAGUUCAAGGGCCCACAAUACAAAGGUCCCAUGUUCAAGGGUCCAAUGUUUAAGGGCCCACCUAUUCAUGGAGCUGUGAAAGCCAACCCAUGGAGUCAACCCAAUGGACCACCCCCAAGUGGUUUUAACUCUUAUCCAAUGCAUCACUUUGGGCCUCCGAGGACCUCCUCCUACCCAGACACCUCCUUUGAGUCCUUUGAGCCAGAGUCAGAGCCAGAGCCAGAGCCAAUGCCUGACCACCAGGAGCCACAUCACACAGAGCAUGACCAAGAACAUGAGCCCAGCCAAGGGCCUGAAGAACAUAUCCUAGAGGAAAUCCCCCCUCCUUCCUCUGGUGGUGAACAGCCUGAGGGUGAGACCGUAGGCCAGAUUCUUGACAGUGAGACAGAGGAGCGAAUAUUUAGAAUGGAAGAGGAUGUGCAACGUCUAAACCAGGGUCUGGAGACUUUGAGGGGAACUGUAAAUGGACUGGAGGAGAGUCUACGAGCUUCUCUUAGAGAGGAUGCCAACAGGAUGCUGUCAGCUCUACUUUCUGCUGCCCCUGGCCCAAUUCCAGCUCCAGCUAUAGCCUCUAGUCUUUCCACUGUAGGGUUUGUGGAGAUUCCUGGGGGAGGUGCUGAGGCAGAGGGGCUAGAUGGUAGACAAGUGUUUUCAGGCUUUACAGAACUAAGUGGAAGAGUAGAGGAGCUCAGGGCAGAGCUGCAAGCCAAAAUGACUGAGUUGCAGGAACUUAAAGCAACAGUGAAGGGACAUGAUGGACAACUGAUUAAGAUGUCAAAUAGAGCAGGGGUAAAAUCUGACUCCACUGGUAAUUUUACUACGGGAGCUCUGGAGAAUCUGAUGGAUGCCAAACUGAAUGCAGCCAGGACAGAAGUACUUAGUGGGUUUGAGAAGCUCGUCGAAACCGCUGAGGGCAAAUGUGAGGAGAAAGCUGGAGACGUGCGUCGUCAGUGCCAGAGGGAGCAAGCUGAAAGACAGGAAAAGAUAGAAGAUGCUCUACAUGAAAGCAGCACAGACCUGAGAACAGAGGUAAGAAAUAUCCAGGCCCAGAUACAUGAUUUUAAGGCUACAGAUGGCUGCUGUGGCAGGAUGAGUGGACUGGUUGAGAGAGUGCAGCUGCUGGAAAUGUCAGUGGGAGGCCUCAACCAGUCCCAGGGGCACCUGAGAGUAGAGCUAGGUGGACACAAGGACCACAUAGAGGGAAUUCUGGAAGGGCGUCUUGGGUACAUUGAGGACGAGCUUGGCCUGACUGGGCAGAUUAAAAAUGGUGAGACAGGAAGGAGGAGUGGUAACCCACAUAGAAAUGAGACAGGUCAGGACCUGGAAGCCAGAAUGGAGGGUAAGCUGAGGGCUGUUGAGAGCCGUUUGCUGACAGCUUUGGAGGAGCUGGGUAAUGCUACUGCUCCGGCACUGCUGGAGGGCCAUGCAGUUCCCACCCUAGAGACAGAAGUGGAGUCACUCAGAGAAAGACUGGAGGUGGACGUGGACAGAGUGCAGAAACACCUAACUAGCCUUGAGAUUCUCUGCUCCUCUUCCCAUUCUUCGACUCAAAGACCCUCUGCCAUCCAGGGAGACUCUGCUGAACCAAGCACUAUCCUGGCAGCGGAGCAGAGAAUGAAGGAUGUACAGGACUUGCAAGAUGACCGUUUGAAUACUCUGAACAUCACACUGCAAAAUAUCCUGCAGCAUCUGAACCCCAAGGACCAGCAGAUACAAGCAGAAAGAGAUACUCCCUUCCAGGGAGAGCUCACAAUCCUGAAGUUUAAUGUUCGCUCAGUCAACCGCACACUAAAAGUCCUCCAGAAUUCCCUGGGAAAUGUCAUCCACAAGGUCGGUCAAGCUAAUGACUCCUGGCAUGAGAGAGAGGCUCGUCUAGCCCAACAGAUAAAGGGCGUGGUCCAGCUGGUUGGUCAUCAGGCGUCUAUGCUCGGGGCAGGAGAACGCCGACUGAUCCGCCUUAAGGCGGACCUGCUUGAGAUGAAGAGGCGACUAGCAGAGGAGGUGCGUGGCUGCAGAAGCACAGCUAUGGGGGUCCAGAAAGAGGUAACGGAGGUUAAUGGGCGUGUUGCUACUGUGGAGGACAAGUGCAAAGGUCUGACUUAUCUGGCAGAUGACCUGGAGAAAAUCAGGGAGGAACUAGAGAAACAAUCAAAUGGGCUUCUCCUGCAAGUAAAUGGGACUCUGUCCAGCCAUGCUCAGCAGCUGACUGAGCUGAGAGGGGAACUCAGAAACUGCACUGAAAAGGCAGAACCAACACAACAAAGUUUAGAGGUGGAAGCAGUGCCAAGAAGAGGUGACAUCUUCACUAUAAAUUAG